CUGCCCUCGGAAAAUCCAUCAACAACCCAACAUGAUAUGGUGUAGAAUUGUUUGUAAUGCAAUGCGAACUAAAAAAGCACCGAAUGAACCACGCAGGAGGUCGUUGAAGAAGGUUUUCAAACUGCUCCUUUUUUGAUGAUGCCUCCAACCCUUCUCGUCGCCCAGCCAUUUGUCCAUCCUGACUUUUUCCCUUCCUGUUCCCAUCUCUCAAUUAUAACUUCAUUGAUUAUCCGCCUUGGUUGCCAUUCUCGGCAGUGUGUCACUUGUUCUUUCUUUGUGUAUUAUUGUUCCACUCACAAUCAUGCGGUGUCUGCUCGCUGUUGUCGCUGUCGCUGCGCUGCUCGCCACUGCCGCGUCUGCCAAGCCCGUGCAUGUGCAGGCCAACACCUACGACUUUCUGAUGAUGGUCUACCAGUGGCCUCCGAACGUGUGCGCCACCGAGGCCACUGCGCACAACUGCGUGAUCCCUGCCGACUCGCAUCUCUUCACCAUCCACGGUCUCUGGCCCUCCCGCAACGACACGACAUACCCGCAAUCGUGCUGCUCAAGCUGCUCGUUCAACGCCACCGCUGUCCAGGACCUCUUGCCCCAGCUCAACCAGUACUGGCCCAACCUCUUUGCUGAGGAGGCUGCCACCGACUUCUGGUCGCACGAGUACCUCAAGCACGGCACCUGCGCAACCGAUGUCGCGUCGCUCGACACUGAGCACUCGUUCUUUGCCACCACCCUCGGCCUGUCUCGCCAGCUCAACGUCGAUGCCGCGUUCGCCAAGCUCAAGCCGUCGACAACCACUGGCUACUCGCUCGCGACCGUGCAAGCCGCCAUCAAGGCCUACUUUGGCGCCGAGGGCUACCUCACCUGCGAAACCUACAAGGGCCAACAGCUCGUCACUGGCUUUGGUCUCUGCGUGACCAAGAACAACUUUGCCGUCUUCCAGUGCGAUCCCCGCGUCUAUGGCGAGAACUCGUGCAAGUCCACUUCCGACCUCUUCUUCCUUCCAUUCUAAGCGCGUUCUUGUCGAGUUUGUCGAGUUACAUUGUUUGGUUUGGAGCUUGUAUUCGUUUUCUACGAGCAAGACAUGGUUUCUCCUUCUUAAUUCUGUCGAUUGGCGCUUUUUGCUGUGGUUCGUUCUUGUCUCAACGUGAGGAUGCAGGAACAACAAAGAUAAUCAUGAAAAUACAUCGUUUUUAGCCA